GCCGAAGUUUAAAUAUUGCAGCCUGCUGUUGCUUUGUAGCUCAACAUAUCUGUUUUAGCGCUAACUUUCCAACCUCCUUUAGUCACAUAUAAGUUUCCAUUAUACCCGAACAAGACGGAGGUGACGGAGGAAAUAUCGACUAUUUUGACAUCACAUUGUCAAACAAGGUUCCCAGUUUGAUGUGAAGAACCAAACUCCAGCAUGAACGAGCUUCCUCUGGGAGAAAAAGCUGCUUCACGCAGAGUAAACCACUGGGUGGAUCCAUCGUUCGUUGAUUUGCCAGAGGGAAGCAUUUCUCUGUCUGCAAAAAGAAAGGACAGAUCGUUUUUGUGCUCCAAGGCUGAGCUCAAGAGGCCUAGGAAGAGGAGAGGAGAGGCCAGCAGCUGUCACCCGCUAAAAGAGUCAGUCCAAAGGGGCCAGGAUGAGCCAUGGGUGGACAGAUACUCACCCCGUUCACAGGCUGAGCUAGCUGUCCACAAGAAGAAGAUUGAGGAAGUCGAGAACUGGAUAAAAGGUCACACGAGCAUGUCAAAGGGUGGCAUUUUGCUACUGACGGGACCAUCAGGCUGUGGAAAGACUGCUACAGUCCAGGUUUUGUCUCUGGAGCUUGGCCUCAGAGUUCAGGAAUGGACCAACCCCACAAUCCCAGAACUAUACAACAGCAGUCAGUGUGAACUGAGGAUGAACAGUUUCUCCUGCAGUUCCCAGUUCUCCCAGUUUCAGGAGUUUCUCCUUAGAGCCAAUAAAUACAACUGCCUGAAGAUGGCAGGUGAUGGAGAAGGUACAGACAUGAAGCUCAUAUUGGUGGAGGAUUUCCCGAACCAGUUUUACAGGCAGCCUAGCACCCUGCAUGAUAUUCUCAGGUGCUUUGUGAAGACCAGCCGUUGUCCCCUGGUUUUCAUAGUGUCAGACAGCCUGACUGGAGACAGCAGCUCACGCUUUCUUUUUCCUAGAGAGAUCCAGGAGGAAUUGGACAUCAGCACCAUCAGCUUUAAUCCGGUGGCUCCAACAACAAUGUUGAAGGUCCUGACUGGCAUUUCAAACUUGGAAGCAAAAAAACAGAGCUGUGGGAGGAUGCGUGUCCCAGACCAGGCAUUGUUGGAAACACUGUGCUCAGGAAGCUCAGGAGAUAUUCGCAGUGCCAUCAACAGUCUCCAGUUUUCCUCCCUUGCAGACACAUCACUGGAACAGGGGUUGUGGAGGAUGAGAGACGACAGGCCUGUGAUGUCGCUGGGCCGAGUUCUGUCCAGAUCCAACCAAAGAAAAAAAAAGUCAAAACAACCAAAGGAACAGGAAGAGGAGCAGGCCAUUGGAGGGAAAGAUGCUUCUUUGUUCCUGUUCAGAGCGCUAGGAAAGAUACUGCACUGCAAACGGGGAAUUCAUAAAGAUGCUGAAGCACCAGACAGUGCCCCAGGAGCUGGUCUACCAUCCCAUCUGUUGCAUCAUUACAGAGAGCCAUUACUAGUAGACCCAGAGGUAGUUGUUGAGCGUUCACACAUGUCUGGAGAGUUCUUCAACCUGUACCUUCACCAAAACUACCUGGACUUCUUCUCUGAGGUGGAGAAUGUAGACAGAGCUAGCGAGUAUCUCUCUGAUGCUGACCUCUUCACUGCUGACUGGUUGAGUCGCAACACCAUGGGGGAUUAUGGAUGUUCAGUGGCUACCAGGGGGCUCCUUCACUCAAACGCCAAACAAGUUUAUGUAGGCUUCAGACCACUGCACAAACCCAACUGGCUGAUGGUCAACAAGAAGCAUCGGGAGAACUGCUUGACUGCCCAGUUCCUGUUCAGGAGCUUCUGCCUAACACCAGUCAGCCUGCAAACUGAACUGCUGCCAUACCUGGCCAAACUCACCACCCCUUUGAGUAAUCAAGCCCAGAUAACAUUUAUCCAGGAUGUCGGUCAAAUGGUUCUAAGGAGAUUCCCUGGCAGAUUAAAACUGGAGACUCUGACAGACAAAGAACCUGGCAAGCUGGAGAGAGACAGUGGGGAGGAGGAACAAGAGGAAGACCAUUGUGGAGCUGAGGAAGGUCUGCCAGACAGUCAGCCACAACCUAUUACAAACCAAGUCUUUUUGAUGGAUGAGAACCUGGUCAUAGAGGAAUAUGACAGUGACUAACACACACAACUCUUCUAUUCAGACACCAUAAUGCUACCCGUCUCACUUGCUCAAGUUUGUGCCGUGGGUGUUUUUAUUUUUUUUUAAAUUUAGUUAUUGGUUGGUGCGUGUGACGUUACAAAAUUAAUUCUAAGAUAAUUCUUACAUGUGAGGAGAAAGAUUUUUCGGAAAUCUGACUUCAGUCUUUGUGAUUUCUUCACAAUUGUAAAAUUAAUUUCCGAACUCAAAUAACCCUCCAGUAUGUUGAUGGCUGAUGUCACAGUCCUGGUAUCACCAAUGUUUUUGCCUCAUUGAGGUGUCAUUUGUAGAGUAUAAUUAUUUUUCAAACAAGAAUAUUGUCUCAAGUUCAAGUUAUUGUGCAGCUUGACAAAAACUAAUAAUACUGUGCAAACACAAGUUUAAUGCUAAUCUGUCAAAGUGACCCUAACAUCUUGGUUCUAGUAGUUAAAAACUAGUUAUACUAGGUAUUUAUAUUUGUGCACGUUCAGCACUUGGUUUUUGUAUUUCCCAUCUAUUUUUUUUUUUUUUCUGACUGACUGUUGAAUCUGGAGUGUGGAGAGCUGUCCAGGAACAAGCACAGCAUUUGAAAAAUGUAUAACGUUCUGCAAUAAAUUGUAAAUAAAUAAUAAUUGUGAAAAGCUGA